AUUAAGGAUGACCCUUUUUGUUUGGGGAAGUCUCAUCCUUGGGUUGAGGCAUUGGCAAAGAAGAGUAAGGAGAAUGUUUCGAAAAUGGAGGCACAGCUGGCAAAGGAUGUUGUGCCGUUUAAUUUUAUGACACCAAUGAGAAUUAUUAGAGAUGCAAUAUUGCAAGUGGGCAGUCCUGCUCCUGUUGUUGUCUCUGAAGGCGCAAAUACUAUGGAUGUGGGCCGAUCAGUAUUAGUUCAAAUGGAGCCAAGGACCCGGUUGGAUGCUGGGACGUGGGGGACAAUGGGAGUUGGUCUAGGGUACUGCAUUGCAGCUGCUGUUGCUUGUCCUGAAAGGCUUGUAGUAGCUGUUGAAGGGGACUCUGGAUUUGGCUUCAGUGCCAUGGAAGUUGAGACCCUAGUUCGCUACCAGCUCCCCGUUGUGGUUAUAGUCUUUAACAAUGGCGGAGUUUAUGGUGGUGAUAGGAGGAACCCUGAAGAAAUCACAGGGCCUUACAAAGAAGAUCCAGCACCCACCUCUUUUGUUCCUGGCGCAUCGUAUCAUCUUCUAAUUGAAGCCUUCGGAGGAAAAGGAUACCUUGUUGGGACACCUGAUGAACUUAGAUCUGCACUUUCUGAAUCAUUUUCGGCUAGGAAGCCUGCUGUUAUAAACGUAACAAUUGAUCCUUAUGCUGGUGCUGAAAGUGGUAGGCUUCAGCACAAAAACUGAGGUUCAGGGUCUGUGAUUAUUUGUGUCUAAGAUAUGCUUGCCGAAGUUCAGUUUUUGUCUACCACUGGUACAAACAGGGGGAAAAAAAGAAAAAGAAGAGAGAUUGCUCUUAUGACUUGGAAUGAACCUCUAUUGGAAAAGGAAUAACUACGGAAAUAGGCUAAGUGAAUGUCUCAACUCGAUGAAUACCAUCUUCUUAAUGAUUUUAUGAAGGUUAUUUUUUCAUGUUUUGUUAGUGUAGUCACUGAUAGGGCUUGGUCUUCAGUUACAGUUAACUAUGAUUUUUCAUAUACUAUGGCGUUAAGGAACGGAAAACUCUUAUGUUGUAGAUUGAGUUGAUAAGUAUAAUGGAUUUGCAAUAAGUAUUCACCCUUGCUACCGACGAAGGUUACUUUUAA